GUUACAUUUGUCACUAUACUAGUUAACUACUUAAUUAGCAUUGUUGUUACAUUUUUACUUGUACUAGUUAUUUACUUCAAAAGUUGCUAUAAUUUUAAUUGUAGAGACACACAUUAAUUCUACUUUGCAAAAAAUUAAUUUGAAGUAUUAAUUAAAAUAGUUUUAAUUAGUUGCAUUAGUUUUGUAUCCAUUAUUAUAUUUGUUGUGAAUUAAUAUUUGUUACAUUUUUUAGAUGGAAGGUGGUAGAUAUUCGGUUGAUUUGGGUAACCUCCAACGCAAUCGAAGAAACGAGAUUGGGAGGAAGAAAUCCCGCAAAGGUAAAGAACUUGCCGGGUCUUCAUCUCAAAGCCGAGAUGAUUUUGAAACGGGUUACCAAAGGCGAGAUGGAGAUGCGAUGUCCGAAGAACAACUCCAACAAGAAUUGGCCCGACAUAAUAACCGCUUUCUACAACAACAACAAAUGCCGACGACCAUUGACGAAGAGGAGCUUGAGGAUGAAGAUGCGGAGGAAUUGGAACCGGAGACGGCCGAGGAGGAGGGUGCCGGCAGCCACGACGCCGACGCGCCUGCCUCAUCCCAUUAUGUGUUCACUUUUUCAUAUGUAGCCCUUCUCAAAUUAAUUAAUUGGUUACAAUCUAACGACUUAAAAUUAUUUUUCUAAAAUAUAAAGCCGGUUUUUAAAUUAAAAAUACAUUUAGAAUAUGUAAUUUGUUUAAAUACUUAUACACCUAUUUUGUAACAUUUGUUUUAGUUUUACUUAAUUCAUUAAAUUAAUUAAUUUAUUUUACAAUAUGUGUAUAACUUAAAAAAAAAAAAAAAAAUUUCAAAGCUCCCAAACGGCUAUAUAGCCGUUGGGGCUAUGGGUGGGGGGCAGGGGGGUCCCGGGGGUGGUGGUGUGGGGAGUGGUGUUCAAAAACACCUAUAAAUACAUCUAUUUUCUAACAUUUUUCUACACCUUCUCUCCAAUUCUUCUCAAACUCUUCUCCAUCUUUAUCUUCUCUUAUUAUCCUACAUUCCUACUUAAUUACUUAUAGUGUUAUACAUAUACCAUUUUAAAUAUGGAAAGUACAUCUUCUCUUAUGCAAAACAAUUUUGACAAGUGGAAGGACCCGAAGACCGGACUGUGGUGGGCAACUUGCAGGUGGUGCAAGAAAGAGUGUUGCUUGGGGGGUUCAUACGGAUACGGGAUGCCAAUAAAACAUAUGAAGUCUUGUGACAAAGGGAAAACAACAACCAACGGUGGCGGAAAUCCCAAUUGAUAUUCAUUACAAAAUGUAUUUCGUAUUGUUAUUGUUUUCUCAAUUCUCAAAUGUAGUUCUUAUUUCAAAUAAAUGCACUUGAACUUUGUUUUUAAUAGCAAUUUGUAUAAUAUAUAAUUAAUAUAAAAAAAAAAAUUUAUUGACCCGGCCCGGCGGGUGGCCCGACCCGUGACCCGGGCGGGUGACCCGGCCCGAACCGGAACCGGUCAUUGACCGGGCCGGUCCCGGGCCUACCCUUAUAGGACCCGAGGCCCGACCGGGCCUUGACCCGGCCCGGGCCCGACCCGGCCCGGGUCCAUGCCUACAACUAAUACAUUUACAUUUCAGAAAUCAAAGUUGCCAGAAACAAUCACAACUACUCACUAAUCAGAUGUAGUCAUUUGGCAGUAACAUUUAAGAGUAAUUAAAAUGCACUGACUUUGAUCAGUGUAAAAGUAAUGUUCCUGAUAUAAACACAUCUUUUGUUAGAACUACAUGUUUUUUAAUAUCAAUCGCAACAUUGGUUGAAGUUAUCCUUAUAUCACAGAAGUAGGGUUGUAAACGAAUCGAAUUGAAGAGUGAGUAAAAUUAUUCGUAUUCGUAUAACUUGACGAAUAUUCGUAUUCGUAUUCGGAUAUUAUUCGAAUCUUAAAAUAGAUUCGUAUUCGAUUUGUUAAUGAUAUUCAAAUAUAUUUGUAUUCGAAAAUUCGAAUUGGAAUAUAUGUAGUGUAAAAAAAUCACAUAUUCAAA